AAAUAAAUAAAUAAAAAUACAGAAACAGUGUUUUCAGAUGUUUACCUCCCAGUUAAUAUGGUUCCUUUGUUCGGGCAGCUGAGUACAGGUGGUUUUAUGUGAGUACUGUCAGACUUGGGCAGAAAAAGAGGACUCAGAUGCAGGUUUUAUUUUCUGAGUAGCAACUCUGCAGACAGAAUGAUAACUAAACAGGCUAUGAAAAACUUUAAGUCCGAAGGACAAGACAAGGAGAGACGAACACAAAAAUAACAAAAGGCGCUCCUGAAGGAGGAAAAGGCUACACUGAUCUUAAGAAUAUGAACUAUGAAAAUUUAACAAACAACUCCAUUCAUUUAUUUAGAUUUAACAGACGAAAGAUAAAAACCUUAUAAACUAACCUCUGUAAUCACAAAGGAGACUUGACUUUUUCAGUGUGCUACAGCCUGAUCCCAGUUUAGUCCCACAGUGCCUCUAAGUGGUUGGAACAGCCUACUGCAAACAUCCUAGUCUCCUGAUAGAAUCUAAUUUCAUACCGUGCAAAUAUAAUGACACCUACUACAGACUGACAACAACAGACAGGCUGCUGAUGUUCUCUGAACUGAACACUUUGACUGAUUAUUAUAACAACAGUUCAGGAACAUCAGGACCAUGAGAGCAGUCCUCUGUAGACUCUGGGAUCAGUGUAAACAGCAGAGUAAUGUGAUCGGAUGCUCAUCAAAGUUACAUGAGUUGGUCGAGAUGGGAGAGUGUCUGACGCUGUGUGUACGUAUCUCCUCCCCCAUGCUGAGCCUGAACAGGACAGGCAGCAUGUAUUAUUUGCAUUUGGCAGCUCCAUGGUGAUCCUGUCUGUGUACACACACACACACACACACACACACACACACACACACACACACACACACACACACACACACUUCACAGUAACAUCACAACAAAGCAGAGAGUUUGAUCGAGCUGAUAUCAGUUGCCCUGCUGCUUGUACUGUGUGUGGUUGGAGGAGGUGUGGCACAGAGCUGAGGCCUGCAGGUGCGCAGCAGACGACAGGCAGCACAGCUUCGACACCACCUGAGAGGAGACCCACCCAGCAGCACCUGCUGUCACUGAGAGGACACCGGCACUGGCACCAACGCAUACUCAGAGGAAGAUGAACUGGGGCUUCCUGGAGAACGUUCUCAGUGGGGUCAACAAGUAUUCGACAGUGAUCGGCCGCAUCUGGCUCUCUGUGGUCUUCCUCUUCAGGAUCCUGGUGUACGUGGCGGCAGCCGAGCAGGUGUGGAAGGAUGAGCAGAAAGAUUUUGUGUGCAACACCGAGCAGCCCGGCUGUGAGAACGCCUGCUUCGACCAUUUCUUUCCCAUCUCGCAGGUGCGCCUCUGGGCACUGCAGCUCAUUGUGGUGUCCACCCCGUCCCUGCUGGUGGCCCUGCAUGUGGCCUACAGAGAGCAUCGGGAGGCCAAAUACAAGAAGAAACUGUACAAAGACAAAGGGAGCAUUGAUGGAGGUCUGUUCUGCACCUACACCAUCAGCUUGGUGUUCAAGACAGCCUUCGAGGUGGGCUCCCUGCUCGCUUUCUACUUCCUGUACAGUGGCUUCGGGGUGCCCAUACUGCUCCGCUGCAGCCAGAGUCCCUGUCCCAACACCGUGGACUGUUACAUAAGCAAAGCCACAGAGAAGAAAAUCUUCCUCUACAUCAUGGGCUGUACCUCCAUCCUUUGUAUCGCUCUCAAUGUGCUGGAGCUCAUGUACAUUGUAUGGAAGCAGCUGUGGAAAUGUUUCCACAGGCGCUACGUUCAUGUAAAAGACAAGUCUUUCGGCCAAGACCAGCCACUUGUUUCCAUCGUCAACAAGUUUGUCUCUGCCGAGGCCACAGCCAACACAGAGGACAGCAACACACAACCUGCAUCCACAGUUGAAAACCAACCCCGCCAGUCCUAGAGGACUCAUGUUCCCAGCUCAGAAUGAAACCACAG